ACAUCACGGCUGCACUUUACAAUAUGUCUGGCACUUCUAAUAACGUUUGUCAUGAUGCAAACGCCUCGUCCGCGCCUCGCUCCCUCCCUCGCUCGCUCUAUAAAGCGUUUGCCUCCUCAUCACCAGCUGAUGGACCAACUGCUCUCUGCUCUCAUCAGCAGCUGAGGAUCACGACUCUCCUGCACAUCGCCGGCACCAUCACUUCUUCCUGACUCAUCAGGCAGCUGCAGCUCACUGAGGCUUGUCACAGGAGCGCGAGCGGAGGAGGAUUGCAGCAGUUUAUCUCCUAAACAGCAACACAACCCCAGACGCAAUGCAGGCCAAUGAGAAGGUGUUUGACGGCGGCCUGAUGCCCGACGCCAAUGGAAAAGAUCCAAACCCGAGCGGACAGACAGAGGGCCCCAAGUGGCAGAAGCCGCGGCUCACGCGUAAAUCUCUGAUGAAGUGCUGUCUCGUCAAGUGGAUCAUCGCCAGCACGACACAACAGGGCCCAGAUGAUGACAGCAAUGACGGUGACCUUGAGCUCUCCACGGUGCGUUACCAACCGGAGGGUCUUGAUCAGCUGCAAGCCCAGACUAAGUUCACCAGGAAGGAGCUGCAGUCGCUUUACAGAGGAUUCAAAAAUGAGUGUCCCAGCGGACUCGUGGAUGAAGAAACAUUCAAGACCAUUUACUCACAGUUCUUCCCUCAAGGAGAUGCGACCACAUAUGCACAUUUCUUGUUCAACGCUUUUGACAUGGACAGAAGUGGCUCCAUCCGCUUUGAAGACUUUGUGAUAGGAUUGUCUGUGUUGCUCAGAGGCUCCGUCACAGAGAAACUGCGAUGGGCGUUUAAUCUAUACGACAUCAAUAAGGACGGCUACGUCACUAAGGAGGAGAUGUUGGCAAUAAUGACAUCGAUUUAUGACAUGAUGGGCAGGUACACUUUACCCAGUGUGCGAGACGAUUCCCCCUUUGACCACGUGGAGAAAUUCUUCCAGAAAAUGGAUCGUAACAGAGACGGAGUGGUGACAAUAGAUGAAUUCAUAGAAACCUGCCAAAAGGAUGAAAGUAUAAUGGCUUCAAUGCAGCUCUUUGAAAACGUCAUCUAGUGUCUUUGGGCAGACACGAGUCAGUAAUGCUGCAAAGUGCUUCCAGCUACAAGCCUCUGGGUCUGAAAUAAAUUCAUAAAUCAAUUCAUCCUGAAACAGCCAAACACUCGCACUUCUCCAGACAAACUGUUAUGCAGAGAAAUGUGCAGAAUUCACCAAAAUCACCGGAAGCCCUUUUUCUUUGCAUGACAGUUUUCACUUUAUUUUUUGCACAUGAAGCAGAAAUGAUUAGUCAUCGUUGCUAUAUGAGCAUGAGUGUUUGCCCCACCAGUCAAAGCAUGUGAUGCAAACCACGGCGAACGCAAACCAGGGAGUUUUGUUGUUGACCACUUUGAAACUCAGGCGCAAAGGGGAAUGAGACUUUGUUACUGUGUCACACUGCAAAGAAAAUAGUCCCGUUUUGUUGUGUUUCUUCAGAUUGAGGUUCGGUUUUUGUCAUGUUGACCCAAAACCUGCUGAAAUAAAUGUAUGCCUUCACUGUCAACUCCAGCAUGCAUCUUCUUUUUAGAGAGACCAUCUGAAAUGGGCGAGUAGGAUGUGAAUGUGCUACUAUUUUUCACUGGGAUAAAAAUACACAUGGCUGGUAUAUUUCAAAAUAAAACCAAACGUCUUCAGCAUAUGUUUGCAUCAAAUGUGUUGCAUUACACUUGUAAGAUUGUGUUUCCAUGUCUCUAGCGAUAUGCAGCCAGAGUUAAACUGAACAAAACAGCAAUUGUAAACAUUGUGUCGUGCAGACGAUCCUUCAAACGAUGACGCACAAAGAAAAAAGUCUUAGUUCUUUAAUUUUGCUCGAAGCUAUUUUUUUCCUGUUUUGACCAGUGUUGUGAAAAUGAACAAUCAUCUCUCUUGUUCUGCUUUCCGUUCUAUCUUAGCAUCAUCAUCUUGACAUUUCACGCAUAAAAAAGUUCAGAUUCUCAAA